CAGGCCCUCUAGCAUCAAUCAGCAAUCGUCAUGACAUACGGAGGUCAGACAUCGGUGCACAUGGAACAAAGUUUAAAGUUCUGGGCAUAAAUAUUUCGCAGGCUCAGUAUAUUUUAGACCCACACUGACCUGGAUAACAAACUCUGAUCAACACUCUGUUUACGUGCCCCUAGACUGUCAGGGUGUAGCAUCGGGUACACGUUUACAUUUGGCUCAGAUGAUCUAUGCCAGAGGAAUGUCAUGACAACUUAUUACUUUUGCCACAACAGAGGGUAUAUCGGCCUGUAAUAUUCAGUGACGACCACGAACGUUUCUACAGAUACAUGCAAACAGCUGAACGAAGAAAAAAAACCCCAACAUUUAAGGGAAGCUGGAUAGGCUAACACUGGAAGAGAGUUACAGAUAGGGGAGUUUCCUUUUGGAGGAUUGAGAGAGUUUGCGCCAUGGCGUGGACGCAGCAUCUGAGGAUCAAGAACCAGUGGGUCAAGGAAUUCUUGGCGGAGUUUUUAGGAACUUUUGUUUUGAUGUUAUUUGGAGAUGGCAACGUAGCACAAAGCGUCCUGAGCAGAGAGGCAUACGGGGACUUUCUCUCUAUCAACCUGGGAUGGUGGGUGGCCGUCACCAUGGGAAUCUACGCGUCGGCUGGGAUAUCUGGGGGUCACAUCAAUCCAGCCGUCUCUCUGGCCCUGGCCGUGGUGGGCAAGUUUAGCUGGAAGAAACUGCCCGUGUAUGUGCUGGCCCAGUUCAUUGGCGCGUUUGCUGCCUCGGCCUGUCUUUACGGAGUCUACCUUGAUGCACUGAACGCUUUUGACGGUGGUAAUCGGAUGGUGUUAGGCGUUAAUGCCUCCGCUAUGAUCUGGGCAACAUACCCCCAGGAAUAUCUCACCCUACAGGGCGGCUUGGGAGACCAGAUUCUUGGUACGGCGCUACUAAUGCUUAGCGUGUUGGCCAUCACCGAUAAGCGGAACAAUGGUGCACCAGCAGGGAUGGUGGCUAUCAUGGUGGGGUUGAGCGUACUUGGUAUCGGCUUGAGCUUCGGGUCCAAUUGCGGCUACGCUAUCAAUCCGGCACGGGACUUCCCUCCCAGGCUCUUUACCUACUGCGCCGGUUGGGGUACUGAAGUUUGGACCCCCCGCGGUAUGCACUGGUGGUUUGUGCCGAUCGUUGGGCCGUGCAUCGGAGCGAUAGGCGGCGCCCUGUUGUACAUCCUGUGCGUGGAGGCCCAUCACACGCCGGAACACGAAAUGCCGAUCACUGACCAGGAGGAAAAUAUUUCUGCUGACAUUAUUAUGAAGCGUCGAGAUGAAGACAGCAACUCCCUCUAGACUCGCGUCUGUUAGAGCAGCUUCAACCUCCAGGAUUUAACUUUGGUGGCAGAGACAAAGCGUUUAUGUCGGACCUUCUAUCCUUUGAAAAACCAUUAACUGAUUUUAAAAGUACACGAAAAAAACCCUCUUCUUAUGAAAAUACACUGUUGUAUCACAUAUUUGCUUUACCAAAGGGACACAACACGAUUUGAAAUAUUGACAGUGGCGGUAACAUAGAUGUGUUACUGUGUGGUUUAUAGCCAUUAGUUUGAAAUUUUAGUGCAGCUGCACAUGCAUGGGGAGGUUUAAUAGGCGUCGACACAAUGAUGUACACGUUUUUGCAGAGUGGGUAUACGAAUGAAUUUAAUUUGAUGGCACCGAUCGGACAUCUGACCAGAAACUCUCUAUUGAAAAUUAUCGUAAGUAGGCUUAUAAUACACAUAAACAAGCGUAAAUAAGAUUAUAGUAAAUAUAAAAGUUACUCAUGAUUAAAUGAUUUGUUAAUAAACAGUUUAAGUGACACAAUUUAUUUGGCUAUUAAACAGUGGUAUAUUAGCACCAUAUGUUCUACACAAAAUUAUCAUCGCACAAACUCUUGUUAUUUACCAGAAGUUCGAGCAAAAGGCUGACAAUAUAGGAAAAUUGUAAAAAAAAGUCUUUAAAGAGAGAAGAUAUACCGACAUUCACUUAAUUAAUGAAAAUAGGUCAAUUAAUAACUAUAAACGAUUAAUGCGUUAAACUCGCAAUUUCACAAGGCCACAGUUGGAUGUUAUCUAAACUUUGUAUUUAAUCAAACGUUGUAUGUUAAUCAACUAGUCACUAGUUACGUGAUGUUAACCUGUAUUGAUUGUUUACUUGUGUGAUGUUAUCAUUAAAUGUUUAAUUCGAUUAACUAACCUCAGUAUUGAUUAUUGCACUAAAGGAUAGCUUUCAAUUAAAUUGUACAUGUAUAUGUAUAUUGUAGCAAACAAAUUGGCGUAAAUUUGUCU